AUGGGAAAUCCUGCUGGUUUUAAGUUGAACACUGAGUUAGCAGGAGUUCUUGGUGUGAUUUCUCUGAAUGCAAUUCAGAUAUGGUCUACACUUUGGAUUUUUGUUGGUUCUCUCGUUGUUCACUUCACCAAAGUCCUUGCCAUAUGUGGGAUAGCUUUUGGGCUUACUUCAGCAGCAGCUAUAAUCAUCGACAUGAUUUCACUUGUGACAAUGCAUGUCUGGACAAUCCAUUUAUUUCUUUCACUUGUGUAUUCAACCCAGAUACAAGCAAUAGCCUCUCUAUGGAGACUUUUCAGGGGUAAGAAGUGGAAUCCUCUACGCCACAGAAUGGACAGCUACGAUUAUACUGUCGAGCAACAUGUUGUUGGGUCUCUCAUGUUUACCCCAAUUUUACUUCUGCUACCUACAAUAUCAGUUUUCUAUAUUUUUUUCACCAUGUUGCACACAUCUGUGAGAUUUUUCUGCAUACUUAUUGAGGCCACCAUAUCUAUCAUUCAUUCCACUCCAUAUGCGAAAAUCCUCCUUUGGUUGGGGAGAAGGAAGCGAUUUCCAUCCGGGAUAUGGUUUGAAGUCAUCUCCUGUAUUUCUGAGACAGGAUCUCGUAGUGGCCGUAACGGGAUCCUUGAGGAGAAAAAGGCUUCUGCAUUCAACAAUGGUGAACCCACAAUUUUGGUUUCAUUUCUACACAGCAAUUACUUGAACUUAGGAGAGGUAGUGUGGCCACACUACAGCUACUUACUCUCGGCCUUCUCGAGGUCGUCUAUUGGGUCGUGCGCUUACGGGCUUCUCACCGGAAGAAGAGCUGCUGCCUUAAGUCCUCUGCCUAGUUUCCCUCAGAAGUUGCAAUGGAUGGCAAUGCCAUGGAAAGAAUAUUGGAAACUUUCUUAUGAUUCAGUACUACUGGAAAACUUAAACUAUAAGUUACAAAUAAUGCGAAAAGUACAUACCCGUAGAUCGUUGAUAAAAAAAACUUCUUCAUUACAUACCCGUAGAUCGUUGAUAAAAAAAACUUCUUCAUUAUUUACGGUUACAGAAUUGUGUUGCUCAGGUCCUUUGGUAUGGGAAAAAAAUAAUACGACAUUUCAGUGCAAAGUAUUAUUAGUAUCGCAUUCUCGUAUGCCUCUUGUCGAAUCUCCUCCAGCUCUUAAAUUUGCAUUUUUCGAUGGGCUCCGGCUUCUUGAAGAUUCACAUUGCACUUUUUCACUGCCCAAAAUGCCUUGUGUUGAAUUUCCACAGAGCAUCAUCGAGUCUCGAGCUCCAAUCUUUUCUGUUCGGUUGAACUGUUUUCUCCAAGAUAGACUUGACUUCGCGGUUGGAGAUUUCAGCUUGUCCAUUCAUUUGAGGAUGAUAUGA